AUGCCAAAGGAAAUCGUGAUUGUUGGUGCUGGUGUUUUGGGUCUCUCCCUGGCAUUGGCUAUAUGUGAAAAUAUUCAGAAUGUCCCUAUCACCAUUGUGGCAGAGCACCACCCAGAUAGCUUUCCUUAUCUGAGCCAGUAUACGUCACCUUGGGCUGGAGCUCACUUUCGGCCAUUUCCGCUGAAAAAUGAAGCUGAGCUACGAGAGUAUCCCUUGACUAGAGUGACGUGGAAGCGUAUGAAGAGGUUUGCUCGUGAGAAUCCCGAAAGUUCAGUGAGAAUCGUUCAAGGCAUAGACUAUGUGGAGAAGGACGAAUUGUAUGAGAGAUUGAGCAAAGGAUACUCGGAGGAGAUCGAGAACUUUCGAGUAUUGGGGAAAGACGAAGUGCCCGAGGGCUUUGCUUUUGGUGCUCUGUACGACACAUUCGUUUUGGACGCCCCACACUACAUUCAGUUCCUCUAUAAGAAGCUCAGGGCUGAAUUUGGGGUGAAGUUCGUGAAACGAAAGCUAGAAAAGCUUAGUGAAGCUGUUGAGGUUUCUGAAGAUCCCAAUUGCAUAAUCAUAAAUUGCAGUGGAAACGGACUACUAUGGAACGGUAGUAACGAUCCCGCCUGCUUUCCUAUCAGAGGGCAGACUCUUUUAGUCAACCUGCCUCACAAUAAUGCCCUUGCGGAUAAAACCAUCACGAUUCAGCACAAACUGGGCGAUUGGACAUUUUGCAUUAACAGACCGCUCAAUGGAGGGGUGAUCAUAGGUGGUACGAAGCAGAUCAACGAAACUGAUGUAUCGGUGCGGGAGCAAGAUAGCACGGCAAUCAAAGAAAGAGCAUCGAAGUAUUUUCCAGAGCUCAUGAGAACAGACAAAAAUGGCAACGCUUUCUUCGAUGUUAUCAGGACGAACGUGGGGUUCAGACCGGCCAGAAAGGGUGGAGUGAAUCUUGAAUUAGAUUCAAAGAAUGGAGUUCCCAUAAUCAAUGCAUACGGUGCAGCCGGAUCUGGGUAUGAGCUUUCUUAUGGCAUUGGCAUGGAGGUUGUCAAGAAGGUGAGACAUGCUCAACGUGCUCAAAGGCUUUAG